AUGUCAUUCCUGCGCAGGACCGCCGAGACGUCCACCCUCUUUCCAGUCUUCCCGACUUAUAUCUUCCCCUCGGUUCCCUUCCGGCGCAAAUCUCGUCAAGCAAGCACCGACAGCGCCUCCUCGGUGGACUCUGCAGUGUCGAGUGUACCCACCGUCUCUUCUACUUCGUCGAACCCGUUCCCCAGAUACCCUACCCCAACACCGAUCCCUGCAGCGUCUGCAUCCUCUGUGAUCGUCGCACCGGACGACAAGUUUCUGAACGGCCACAGCUCACACAUUCAGUGCGCGAAAUGCUCCACGGAUCUCUGUCUCACAUCACAAAUCAUCAGCAAGGGCUUCACAGGCCGCCAUGGGAGGGCGUUCUUGGUCCAGGGGACCACGAGCCACAUCCACACCACUGCGCCGGCGCUGCCCAAUACGUUCCAGAACAAGGCGAUCCCUCGAAACCUGGUGACGGGCCAGCACAUCGUCAGUGACAUCAACUGUGCCAUCUGCGGCAGCGUGCUCGGCUGGAAAUACGUCGAGGCAAGCGAGGAGAGCCAGAAAUACAAGGUUGGCAAGUUCAUUCUCGAAACCAAGCGCAUUCGAAUCGGCGUGUCUUGGGAACAAGAGGAGGACGACGCGACCUCCAAUAAUCAGACAUACGACGAGAUCUUCCCCCUCCCGCCGCGUGAUCUCAAGAGGCUCGUCGACAAGCCCAGCACCGGGAGUGCUGCUGCUCAAAGUGACGACGUAGAAUUCGAUUCGCAGGACGAAGACGAGUGUGAAGAUCUGUUUGCGGGGGUAUGGAGCCCUCAGUUGGCGACCAAGAGACGACAACGGAAGAAGGAGAGAUUUGGGAUUGGAAUUGGAAGACGUCUUCCACAGGCCGCCGGAAGCAGCAGCUUGGUCAGUUUCGGUGGCAACAGCAGCGUCGACACUUUGUCGUGA